AUGUCGGGCAGACGGGGAGGAAACCGCAUUCGUGGACCGCAAUCGGCUUUGACGGACUUCUUAGCCGCAAACAACAUCUCGGCGGCGCAGAUCCGAGACGAUUACGAGAGGCGACGACGACAGGCCGAGCAGGACUCCAACGCGGGCGAGGGCGCUUCAGCUGGCACGCCUGACGCCAACGAUGACGAGGCGAUAGCGGCGGCGGUCGCGGCGGAAGCAGAGGAAGAGGCAGAGAAGGCCGCGAAGAGCAAGAAGCGCAAGCGCGAUGCAGAGGAGGCAAAGGCGAAGGUCAAGAAGGCCAAAGCAUCUGCAUCGAAGAAGAUCAAGAAGAAAUCGAAGAAGGACGGCUCGGAUGAUGACGAGUCGGACGGCGACUACGCCGAUGAGGAUUUCGCCAAGGACAUGUAUAAGAAGUCACGCCCAGCCCCAGGCCAGCUUGAGCAUUGCGACGUCUGCAACAAGCGAUUUACUGUCACUCCAUACAGUAAGGAAGGCCCAGAUGGCGGAUUGCUUUGCACCCCGUGUGGCAAAGAACUCGCCAAAGACACCAAAGUUGAGAAGAAAGCGGCGGCCAAGCCUGCGGGUCGGAAGAGACGCAAAUUGGAGAGCGAACGGCUGGAUGGUGUUGCAGCCGGCGGCGCGAAGAGUCUUCAAGAGCUCUGUAUCUCGAAAUUGGCCCAGCAUCAUGACGAUAUUGAGGAGCUGGGAGACAUGCCGCAGCCGGUUCUUGAGCGUCUCAGCGAGAUCUUCUCUAAGAAGCGCGUGCUGAAGCCGAAGACGCUACCACUCUUCCUUCGACCAGAUCUCGACGCAGUAGUGGUCCACGAUGCUGCCUAUCUGGAGACAGAAGACUACGAUCGCAUCUUUGCCACCGUGCCGAAAAUGGAAAAGCUUGUAAUAGGCAACGCAUGUCAAAUGAAGGACAACACGAUUGAUUACAUGCUGGAUAAAUGCCACAGUCUGAGACAUCUUCAGCUGUAUGCUGCCAAUCUCGUCUCCGAUGAUAUGUGGCAUAGACUAUUCCGCGAGGCGGGAGCGAAGCUCGAGGUUGUACAACUCAAGUGGCUCGACGCUGCCUUCGAAGACCUAGCCGUUCGCGACAUGGUAAAGUAUGCUCCCAAUCUCAAGCGCUUGAAGCUCAAGCUCUGUCGUCGUAUUGGCGAAGAUGCUGUCAACUACAUAGCGGACAUCCCGGAGCUGGAGCAUCUGUCUCUGCUGAUGAACAAGGAGGUGUCCACCACAUCCCUGGUCGAAUUGGUUACCAAGCGCGGAGCACGGCUUCGCACGCUUUCGCUGGAGAAAUUCAUCGACGCCGAUGACACUCUUCUCCAAACCGUUCACGACACUUGCAGGCAGCUGGCCAAGCUACGAAUCAGUGAGAACGACACAGCCACUGACGCCGGCUACAAGGCUCUCUUCACUAACUGGACGAACCCACCUUUGUCUUUCGUUGACUUCAAUUCCACCCGGGAUAUUGACAACAACAACCCAGAGGGGCCGGAAGAGGCGGUCGGGUUGGCUUCUGGUGGUUUCAGAGCCAUGAUGGCGCACUCUGGUGUGGCACUAAAGCAUGUUGACGUUUCCUCUUGUCGUCACAUCGAGCUGUCCGCUUUCAUGGAUGUCUUCAACGGCGCUAUGAACUACCCAGCACUCGAGAAGAUCAAUCUCAGCUUCUGCAAUCGGGUCGACAACAGCGUCGUCGCGGGAAUCUUCAAGAGCUGCCCCAAUCUCAAGAAACUCGUGGCCUUUGGCUGCUUCAACGUCCAGGAUGUUGUGGUUCCGCGCAGUAUUGCUCUGAUCGGAAUCCCAAAAGCGCAAGAUGCGAUCGAGCAAUUCGGCAUUGGCAUUUCUAUUGAGGAGGCAUUGGGAAGAAUGGUUGAAGUUGGCGCUUGA